GAGGAGAGAGAUAGAGGAAGUACACACGUAGAGAGAGGAUAAGGUGUCCUAUUACAGAUACUAGUUUGGUGUUGUUUAGCGAGCAUGGGGCUGGGCCACUCACAACAAAUCCCUGUGGAUUUCCGCAACACGGAUACGCACAGAAACACACCGGCAGUCGCUAAUACAGCAGCAUACUUUUACAGCAGCAGGGCAAGUUAGGCAGCCUGCAGGACCGAUCAAGUUUCACUGCCUGUGAAUUGAGGGACAAACAACAGGGUUCCGAGAGGGCGAGAGAGAAAGAUAGCAAGAGAGAGAGAGAAGGAAGGAAGAGAGAAUAACCAUAAGGACCGGCACAGAGUUGUGAGAGGUAAAACUGUAGAGGUAGAGGGAGAGAAGGCACAAGACGAAGGGAAGGGAGACUCUGUUGAAGGGAGAUCUACUUGCUCCAGAGAGUGAAGUACAGUGCAUCCUCUGUACCCUGUGACCUGUGAGUCUGGGCCAGCUGAGAGGGGACUUCAGCACCAUGAGUACUGACACCUGGCUCGCUGAAGAAGGCAAUAGACCAUUAAAUCCUAGACAACAAGUUGUAGUGCGGCCUGGUCGAAAAAGAAAAGUCAUGCCGGCUCCGAACUCCCAGAAAGGGAAGUCCUCGUCGAGGAAGAGGGUCCUGAUCACCGUGUUGAUGGUACUGGUAGUGCUGGGGAUCCUGGCCACGGCUGGCUACUUCAUCGCGCAGCUGGUCAACAGUAAGUUCUUCUUCUGCUCCCGGUCGGUGAAGUUCAUUCCCCUGGACAAAGCGUGUGAUGGGAUGGCGGACUGUUCAGGAGGAGAGGACGAGCUCACCUGUGUGACCAACAUGACGGUCAACACUACCUUUCCAGUGCGUCUGGUCUCUGAGCAGAGUGUUCUCCAGAUCUACAGUGACGGGACAGGAUGGAGGAGUGUGUGUAGUGAGGACUGGACCCAGCAGCACACAGAGAAAGCCUGUCAGCAGCUGGGCUACACCUAUAAACCCGUCAGUAGUACCAUCUCAGUGAGGAACUUGUCCUCGUCCCUGAAGACAGGACCGUUCUCAGGGGUCAGGGUCGCAGCCGAAACCACCCCCAUUUACCAGACUGUCAUUGACCGCCAGGUGUGUAACUCAGGAUCCGUGAUCUCCCUGACCUGCUCUGACUGUGGAGAGCGGGGGCGAUCGGACCGUAUCGUGGGGGGUGUGGAUGCGUCUAUAGAAGAGUGGCCGUGGCAGGUGAGCCUGCAGCAGAACGGACAACACACCUGUGGAGGGUCACUGGUGUCACCAGGCUGGGUCAUCACAGCAGCGCACUGCUUCUCUGGUAGUAAGAAAGAACUGAGUCGCUGGCAGGUGGUGUCUGGGAAGACCUACAUGGGCACCCUGGGAGGCUCGUAUGUGGACAGGAUCAUACUGAACGGACGCUACAACGCAGUCCGCAAUGACUACGACCUGGCCAUGAUGAGGCUGACCAAACCCAUCACUGUAGGAGACUCUCGUCGGCCCGUGUGUUUGCCCCCUAAGAACCUGGGCCUGAAGGCAGGAGACAUUAUGACGGUGACAGGCUGGGGCUACCUGGAGGAGAAGGGUAAAGUGUCUCCUGGCCUCCAGAAGGCUACCCUUCCCCUUAUAGACAGUGAUCAGUGCUCCAGUCCCACUGUCUAUGGUUCCUCAAUUACUCCCAGGAUGCUUUGCGCUGGUUACCUGAAGGGCAAAGUGGACGCAUGUCAGGGAGACAGUGGUGGUCCUCUUGUGUACCUGUCAGAACAAUGGCAGCUGGUGGGGGUGGUGAGCUGGGGGGUCGGCUGUGCCAGAGAGGGUCGACCAGGGGUCUACUGUAACGUGGACGAUAUGCUCAACUGGAUCCACACUGUCAUGGAGAAAAACUCUUGAAGCCUCAAACCAUGACCAAGAUGCUCUAUUGCGUUGGGCUCCCUGAUUUCAGUGGAUCUACGUAGAGCUCAUGGGACUAGAAGAGGAAUCCUCUUCAAAGUGCAAUUUAAAACCCCUACAACAAUACAUAACUCAAACCAACACACACACACACAUGCCCACACUAUCAGAUAUGCACAAAAGUGCACGGACGCAAACACACACGGACACACACAACACUCCUUCUUUACUACAGGUUAUUCACGGUGUGGCUUGUGCCAUUUUUAGGUAUCUCAGGGGCCACUGACGUGGCAGUGAAAAAACGAUCGCUUAAGYAGACAGUCGGUCUGGGCCCGCGUCCCAAAUGGCACCCUAUUGCCUUUUAAAGUGCACGACUUUUGAUCAGAACCCUGCGGGUGAAAGUGGUGCACUAUCAAGGGAAUAGGGGGCCAUUUGGYACGAAGCCUGGGCUUUUCACAUGGCUGAGCACUUGAGACAGGACUCUCACCAAGUGCCUCUGRCGUCUUUUCUGUCAACGAGGUUGCGAGAAGACAGCCAUGCACGCRGUGCCUGACCACGUUUAUAAAUGUAACGUGGUCAUGUGACCACGUCUUCACGUGGGUAUUGAAACGCACUGCACAAUGUUCAACAUGUUCACCCAACUGUCCAUGGGUGAAAUGUCUUCAUGAAAAUAUAUGUAGGUAAAGUUUAUGUGCCAUGCAGUUGAAAAUGGCAUUUUUACCAAAUGUUAAAUGAGUAUGGUGCUGUGACGUGACGUGAACCUCAAUGGAGGGGUUAUUAGUCUCCUCGAAAUACCGUGCUGUAGAUCCCAUCGUGGAUUCACUUGUGCACUUUCAGGUGGUCAGACCUAUUCACGGUGUGCCAAUAGAUUUCCAGUGUGCAAUUGGAAUAAUCCCUACAAUAUGCACAUGUGCAAGGUUCUGAUUAAUGACGUGUGUUUUUUUAAGACAUUGUGAUUUCCUUUCUUUGUAUAGAGAUUUCCUUUCUUUGUAUAGCUGUACAUAUUGUAUACGACGCAGAAGUUGUUGUCUGUGUAAGAUCAGAAUGUCUGUCUUGCACGUGUUGUUGGUAUGUUUUAUAAAGGGAUGCCUGUGUUAAAUAAAUGAUCAGAUUGGGAUGAACUUUGAGUAA